AUGGUCUCCUUCAACAAGGAGGGGGUGGGGGACACGUUCCCUAUCCAGGCACCUAUGGUGCCUGGAAUACAAUGUGGAGCUAACGUCACACCAACUUCCAGGGUUCAGGACUGGAACAACAUCAACGAAUUUGCCAGUGAAGUUGGAUGGAAUGUUAUAUUUGGAUUAAAUGUCCUCCUUCGUCAUGGUAACGAUUCAUGGGAUUCUAGUAAUGCAAUGGAGCUCAUGAAAUAUACUGUGGAAAAAGGAUAUUCUGUUAACUGGGAACUUGGAAAUGAACCAAAUUCAUUAAACAGAACAGUGGGAAGAACACUUGACGCAAGCGUACUGGCACAAGACUUUGUAACCCUACGUAACAUACUCAACUCUCAUGAAGAACUCCGUCAUAAUUUAUUAUUCGGUCCAGACAUUAAUGCUGUUGGGAAGAAGAAAACUGAUAAAUACAUUGAUAGUUUCUUACAGUUCUCCAACAACGUGACGAAUGCCACAACAUGGCAUCAAUACUACGUUGACGGUAAAACGGCUAAAGUUGAUGAUUUCAUUAAUCCUAAUAUCCUAAAUAAGUUAAUCGGUGAAAUCCAGCGUGUUAAUGAGAUUGUUGAUGAACAUCGACCUGGAUCUAGUGUAUGGUUAGGUGAAACAAGCUCUGCAUAUGGGGGAGGGGCACCCAAACUUUCAGACACCUUUGUGGCAGGAUUCAUGUGGUUGGAUAAACUUGGCAUAUCUUCCUUAUAUGGUAUUGAUGUUGUAAUAAGACAAACAUUUUUUCAUGGUCACUACGCUUUGAUUGAUGAUGAUCUAAAUCCAUUACCGGACUACUGGUUAUCAGUUCUCUAUAAGCGACUCGUUGGAUCCAAAGUCUUGUCUAUUACAUUACAUGACAACAGUGUGAAUUCUAAGACUAUGCGUGUACGUGUAUAUGCACAUUGCAGUGUCAAAAGAAUUGUUGAUUUAAAUGGAGUUGCCGUGAGAAUGAUAAAUAAUCACACAUUGCCAGAUUUGUCACCACGGCAUAUUCACCGUGGUGAAAACCUUAUACUGCCACCAUUGUCAUUUGCAUUUUAUGUUAUUCCAAAUGCCAUGGCGAUGGCAUGUUUAUAG